GAAGUUCAAGUGAAUAUCAUUUUACGUAGUUGGACAACUUUAUAAAAAUAGACUUUUACAAGCAGUAAAAUUACAUUCCUGCGGAUUAAAGUGACAAACAAUUUACUUUUUCAUUUGGAAAGUUCUUUAAUUAUAUUGAAUCAACUGUACUAUGGGAAAAGAAAUCCCCUGGUUGAUCAUAAUUGGGAUUUGUAUCAAGUCAUCAUGUGAGUCUCUCUUCAACACUGAAACUCCUGUUCUCAGCAACGGUACAAACUGGAUACUGGACUACACUGAUAUAGAGACCAAGUUCUCAGUGCGUUCAGUCGAGGAGCCAGAGGAGGAUCUGUGUUACCUGGUGCCAGGCGAUAAGAAUACAGUCACACGGUGUGGCUUCAACAUCAACUUACCCACGUUCGCCAUCAUACAUGGCUGGUCGGUGGCAGGUCUGUUUGCGAGCUGGAUCCACGAGCUGGUAGCGGCCCUGUUUGAGCGUGUGCCCAAUGCCAACGUUAUAGUGGUGGACUGGCUGGAUCGGGCCCAGCACCACUACCCCAACUCUGCUGCCAACACCAAGCUGGUUGGAGAGGAUGUGGCCAGGCUCAUCAACUGGCUGGAGGUGGAUCUGAAGUAUGACCUGAAGAACCUCCACCUGCUGGGCUACAGCCUGGGAGCACACGUGGCUGGCGUAGCUGGAAACCUGACCAACAACAAGGUCAACAGGAUCACUGGCAUGGAUCCGGCUGGGCCUCGCUUCGAAUACGCUGAGCACCUAAACCGCCUGUCUCCUGACGAUGCAACAUUUGUGGACGUCCUCCACACCAACACCAGGGGGUCUCCAGAUCUCAGUAUCGGUAUCCAGAGACCCGUGGGCCACGUGGACAUCUACCCCAACGGAGGAACCGAACAGCCAGGCUGCUCCUUCCGGCACACCGUAGACAUGAUGAGAAGCUUUGGCCUCCACAACAUGGAUCAGAUCGUGAAGUGCGCCCAUGAGCGCUCUGUGCACCUGUUCAUCGACUCGCUGGUGAACAAACAGCAGCAAAGCAUGGCCUACCGCUGCAACUCCAAAGACGCUUUCGACAGGGGCCUGUGUCUCAGUUGCCGUAAGAACCGCUGCAACAACAUGGGCUUCGGGGUCAACAAGAUACGCACCACCAGGAGCGCCAAGAUGUACCUGAAGACCGGCGCCAGUAUGCCCUUCAAAGUCUUCCACUACCAGAUAAAGUUCCAUGUCUUCAAGCAGCAGAACCUGAGUCUGAACGAGCAGCCCUUCAUAGUGUCUCUUUAUGGAACCCACGGAGAGAAGGAGGACGUCCAACUCCUUCUGUCCAACGUGACCACCAACACCACUGUGUCCUUCCUACUGACCACUGACGUAGACCUGGGAGAGCUGCUGAGAGUCACUCUGCAGUGGGACAGUGACUCCUACUUCUCUUUCUUCAACUCAAACGAGUUCAUGGUCCGCAGGAUUAGAGUCAAAACGGGAGAGACCCAGUCCAAGGUGAUUUUCAGAGCAGAAAGUGACAGGAAGUUUGCUCACCUGGUCCAAGGAGGUGACCCUGUGACCUUCUCCAAGUCUAAAGAGGAUCAGAACAGCAGGACGCAUGAGAGAAUCCACAGACUGAAGAUGCAGGGCAGCUUCUUCAAACAAGGCCUGAACGACGCUGCCACAGACACAUCAUCGUCAUCGUUACCCCCAUCACCAGAGCAUUGAGGUCAAAUACUGUAGGUAUGAUUGUAGUAGCUGGUUAGUAGAAGAGUGUACCCGCUGGCUAAGUGUAUGUAUGGGCGCGGCUCAAAUGACACCCUAUUCCCUAUACGGUGACCCUCUAUGUACCCGGGGUCAUGAUCUGCAUCAAGGAUUCAAGUUAUGUUCUCAAAUUUCAAGUCAGGAUUUCAGCCAAAGAUCUGUAGAAGUGUUUGUGAUUGUGAGAGCCAACACAGCAUAGUCCGGGUCCAACAUGAUAGUGUAAAAACAGUAUAUGUUUCUAUAAUAAUAUAUAUGUUUUAACAUUCCAAUCAAGAAGUCAAACUCGGUUUAAUAAGUUCUCAUUUAUAACAGUCAGCUCUGAAAACGUGAUGGUUAAUUAAUUUCAUGAUAGUGUGAUUUCUUUGUUCCUUUCAUUGCGUAUUUAGAUAUGUGAUGUUUCUUUAAUUCAAAUAUAUCUUACUGAAUGGUUAUUUAUCACACAUGUAUCCUUAUAUAUAUAUAUAUAUAUCUACCCUACCCUACCCUACUCUAUAUAUAUCUAC